AAGGAAGAAAUUAGCUAGGACUGAACGGAGAGGGGUUAGUGAGAAUCGGAGCAAUGUGUCAGUCCCGCUUUGUUCCUGACAGACGGGGCAGGGCCAGGGGAACAGGGGGAGCGGAAUAUGCUAAUGUGUUGCAAAUGGGAGGAAGUGAGCAAAGAGCAGAGGAAUGCGUUUGGACGUGGUGGAGUUGAGCCGAGAGUGCUUAGCCCGCCGUUGUCUGUGCAAAAAGAGAGACAGACCAGAGUGACUGCUGCUAAAGGGAAGCAAACAUGCCCCACUUUACUGUGGUGCCUGUCGAGGACAACUCGCAGUCCCACUAUGACAGCCUGGAGGGAAUUAACUGGGUGGAUUACAGAGACACGGGGCAGAGAGGAUACCCUGGGCAUGGGGAUACAGUCAGCUCUGAUGGCCAUGGGAACCAUAAAGAAGACAGUCCCUUCCUCAACAGUACAGACGUGUCUGCAAAGAGGAACGAACUACUACGACAAGAACUUGCCUUGUUUGAGGAGGAGCUGGACAUUCGACCAAAGGUCUCUUCCUUCCUCAGUCGUCUGGUCAACUACACAAAUAUCUCCCAGGGAGCGAAGGAGCACGAGGAGGCAGAGAGUGCAGAGGCUUCCAAGAAGAAACCACCCAAGUCUCCAAAUAUGGGGACACUGAUGGGAGUUUACCUGCCGUGUUUGCAGAAUAUAUUCGGCGUUAUCCUUUUCUUACGUCUCACCUGGAUUGUAGGUACAGCCGGAGUAGUGCAGUCCUUCCUCAUUGUCCUGAUGUGCUGCUCUUGUACAAUGCUCACUGCGAUAUCGAUGAGUGCUAUUGCAACCAACGGUGUUGUACCAGCUGGUGGGGCAUACUUUAUGAUAUCUCGCUCCCUGGGGCCUGAGUUUGGAGGCGCAGUGGGACUUUGUUUCUACCUGGGCACAACCUUUGCUGCUGCCAUGUAUAUCCUGGGUGCCAUCGAAAUACUACUGAAAUACCUGGUGCCACAGGCAGCCAUAUUUCAGGCCACUGACAUCCACGUGGUGAACGGCGCUAUGCUGAACAACAUGCGAGUGUACGGCAGCUUGUGCCUCGGCCUCAUGGCCGUGGUAGUCUUCGUGGGGGUGAAGUACGUUAACCGCUUUGCCUCGCUCUUCCUAGCCUGCGUCAUCGUCUCUAUAGUUUCCAUCUACGCCGGCGCAGCCAAGUCCAUCUUCCACCCUCCGGAGUUUCCGAUCUGCAUGUUGGGGAACCGGACACUGGCAUGGGACCUUUUCGAUGUGUGUGCGAAGACGGUCGUCACGGAAAACCAAACUUUGCCCAGCAAGCUGCGGAUGAAAUUCUGCAGCUCAGAGAAUGCCAGCAGCUCCCACUGUGAUGAAUACUUUGUCCAGAACAACGUGACAGAGAUUCAGGGAAUUCCUGGGCUUGCCAGCGGAAUUAUUCGAGAGAAUAUGUGGGAUUAUUUGGAAAAGGGUCAGAUUCUGGAGAAGGCCCAUCUGAAGUCUGUGGAUGUGCAUGGCUCCAUGGAGUCCUUUGGCUUGUACGUGUCUGCAGACAUGGCUACCUCCUUCACCCUCCUUGUAGGAAUCUUCUUUCCUUCAGCCACAGGUAUUAUGGCUGGAUCCAAUAGAUCAGGAGACCUGAAGGAUGCUCAGAGGUCCAUCCCUGUAGGCACCAUACUGGCCAUUCUGACCACCUCGCUAGUCUAUUUUAGUUCUGUGGUCCUGUUCGGGGCCUGUAUUGAGGGAGUGGUUCUUAGAGACAAGUUUGGAGAUGCAGUCAGGCAAAACUUGGUUGUUGGCACUCUCUCUUGGCCCUCUCCGUGGGUCAUUGUGAUUGGCUCAUUCUUCUCCACAGUGGGGGCAGGUCUUCAGUCUCUUACUGGAGCUCCCCGCCUCCUGCAGGCCAUUGCUAAGGACAACAUCAUUCCAUUCCUCAGAGUGUUUGGGCACGGGAAAGCGAAUGGAGAGCCCACAUGGGCCCUGCUCCUGACGGCACUCAUAGCAGAGUUGGGCAUUCUCAUCGCCUCCCUGGACAUGGUGGCCCCCAUUCUCUCCAUGUUUUUCUUGAUGUGCUACCUGUUUGUAAAUUUGGCGUGUGCUGUACAAACUCUUUUACGAACCCCAAACUGGAGGCCAAGGUUUAAGUACUACCACUGGGCUCUGUCGUUCCUGGGCAUGAGUAUGUGUCUGGCCCUCAUGUUCAUCUCGUCCUGGUAUUAUGCCAUUGUAGCGAUGGGAAUCGCUGGAAUGAUCUAUAAAUACAUUGAGUACCAGGGAGCAGAGAAGGAAUGGGGUGAUGGGAUACGGGGUCUGUCUCUCAGUGCUGCUCGAUAUUCCCUCCUUCGUUUGGAAGCUGGACCUCCGCACACCAAAAACUGGAGGCCUCAGGUGCUUGUCCUCCUGAAGCUGGAUGAAGACCUGCAUGUGAAGUAUCCCAGAAUGCUCAGCUUUGCCUCACAGCUGAAGGCUGGAAAGGGGCUCACGAUUGUGGGCUCAGUAAUACAGGGCAACUUCCUGGACAGCUAUGGGGAGGCACAAGCAUCCGAGCAGGCGAUUAAGAACAUGAUGGAGAUUGAGAGAGUGAAAGGCUUCUGCCAGGUGGUGGUGGCGGCCAAGGUGAGAGAGGGCAUCGCCCACCUCAUCCAGUCGUGCGGCUUGGGGGGCAUGAAGCACAACACAGUGGUGAUGGGCUGGCCUUAUGGAUGGAGACAGAGCGAGGACCCUCGAGCGUGGAAGACCUUCAUCAACACGGUGCGCUGCACGACCGCCGCUCACCUGGCUCUGAUGGUGCCAAAGAACGUGUCCUUCUACCCCGGCAACCAUGAACGCUUUGCCGACGGUCACAUUGACGUGUGGUGGAUCGUCCAUGACGGAGGCAUGCUGAUGCUUCUCCCCUUUCUCCUAAAGCAGCACAAGGUCUGGCGUAAAUGUAAAAUGCGGAUUUUCACGGUUGCCCAGAUGGAUGAUAACAGUAUACAGAUGAAGAAGGAUCUGGCAACCUUUUUAUAUCAGCUCCGACUAGAGGCCGAGGUGGAAGUGGUGGAAAUGCACGAUAGCGACAUCUCUGCAUACACGUAUGAGAGAACACUGAUGAUGGAGCAGAGGUCGCAGAUGUUGAGGCAGAUGAGGUUGUCCACCACCGAGAGGAACAGAGAGGCCCAGUUAGUAAAGGACAGACACUCCUUGGUCCGGAUGGAAAGUUUGUACUCAGAUGAGGAGGAGGAAACCCUCGAUAUCGUGCCUGAGAAGAUCCAGAUGACAUGGACCAAGGACAAGCUGGAUGCGGAGAGGAGGACCCGAAACAACGCUCCAGAAAACUUCCGAGAACUUAUUAGCAUUAAACCAGAUCAGUCCAACGUGCGACGGAUGCACACAGCAGUGAAACUCAACGAGGUUAUCGUGAACAGGUCCCACGAUGCCAGGCUCGUUCUCCUGAACAUGCCUGGACCUCCACGCAACCCUGAGGGCGAUGAAAAUUAUAUGGAGUUCCUGGAAGUGUUGACCGAAGGGCUAGAGAGAGUAUUACUUGUGAGGGGUGGAGGUCGUGAGGUCAUUACCAUAUACUCAUGAAAGGUCACCAGGUCACCACGUGGACCAAAGGAAUCAAGCUUGCCGCUAAAUACUGUAUUAGAUGACAUGACCUAAAUAUGAAUCUAGAUAUCAUAUAUCUAUAGAUUUUUAAAAGUAAGGUUUCUAUGCAGAUUUGCAUGUAUCAUAAGAUACAUUUAUUUCUUUUAAUAGACAAAAUGUAGUUUGGGACUUAAACUGUUAUCAUUGCAUGAAGAGGACACACUGGGUCUAAUGCAAGAACCAGUUUUGCAAGCAGAAUAAUUCAAAAUUGUUCAUACAAAUGAGAACUUCCACCAUCAGUUUUUUUCAUAUUUGGAUUUUGUCUUAGAACAAAGUUUGAGUCGUACAAAUCAUGUACAGUCCAGCUAUUAUAUAUCUCUACUGCAGUUUACUGUAGAGAUAUUCAAGAUUGUAGCAAGUCACAGUUUCCAAAGAAACAGUCCGUUUUGGACAGAGGUCCUUCAUCAGCUGCGCAAGCAAAGUGCUUGAAAGAACGUCUGUCCAAUACAUUCUGUUUCUAUAAAAACUCAUGUUCUUCAACACAAUUUGGAAUAUUUCUACAUCUCUUAGUACAGUACACUGCGGUUACUCAGCUUGAAUCUUCUUUGGAGAUGGGGAGAGGGUUCUUUGUACAGCUGCUGACGGACCUUUGUCCAAAACGUUGUUUCUCUGGGCCUUGUGUACUUUAAGUGUUAAAUAUAACUCUCUUUUAUAGAGAUGUUUAUAUAUUACACUACAUGUAUGCACUACACUAUGGAGAUUUCAGACAGAGAUCCUUCAUCAUUUGUGCAAGCAAAGUGCCUAGAAGGAGGAACAAGAUUAUACACACACACAC